GAAGUGGCCGCCGCAUCCAGCACUUUCAAGAUAAGACAGACCCUGUGCUACCGUAAAUGUCACGCGAACCCGCAAUCUUGGUCACGUGGCUCAGUCUCGCCGACGCAGAAGACUCAUUUUGCGUGAUUUUCGAGCUAGCUCCAGUCCAAGCGCCGCGCAGACUUGAGAAUGGCGUUGCUUUUUUUUUUUUUGAACGCUGCUAUUAGCAGGCCUGUCGCUCCAUGAAACAAUUAUGUUGACGAGCGUGUGCUUCGCUUUUACGCGAAAUAUGAAGGUCGCUGCGCCGCAGUUGUGUGGUACACCAGUGUGGUCGACGAAUAUUGUUCAGGGCACCAGAAACUACGAAAAUCCGUGCUUAUUGCCGUAUACUUUGUGAACAGUGUUGGUGUCGAGCGAAGCAUCUCUCCACCCUUGCCUUUCUUCUCGCCACACUACUUGUUUUGUGCUUUUUGUGAACUAUGCUGCCAGUCCGGCCAUUCAAGGUUCAUCGUGCUCCUUGGAGUAUGGCUGUAUCCCUCGACCUGCGCAUGUGCGGUUUCACCAGUGCUCAUCUAUAAUGACUCACCGACACCAUUGCCAGUCCUGCUAUCUGACGCAAGUCAAGAUCUUUGGUGCCAGCAAGUAAUCCAGGGCGCCAUCUUCAUACCUUUGCACACGGAUUCACAGCCGCCAGGAGCGACAUCUCCCUUUUGGCUCUACUUAAGCAGCUGCCUUCGUCCGGCCACUUUCAGUGGGCACGGGAUAGCGGCAACCAUGCAGUCGCCGCUAAACCCUUUUUGCUUCUUCAUGCAGAAAGGCGCUACCAAGCAAUAUAUUUGUGAAAAAAGCUUUCAGCAAAGCACCUGCAGAGAAAGAAUUUCCCAAGAUGUCUCCAUAUUAUGACGAUUCAACACCACAGACUUGUUGCACCGUGAAGGCACCGUGAAGGCACACACGCAUUUCAACAACGAAACCACGCCGUGGAGGAGUGCCAUGAAAGAGGUACACCGCUACAGACGACAAAGGGUCACGUCAUUCACCCUGCAUUAAUGCUUAUUCGCACAUGGACUCAAGGAUGUCGAUGCAAGAAUGACACCACUGUAAUUGCUAAAGACCAAAAAAAUAGCCCAAUAUCGUUCAGUCAUCGAGGAGGCGGUGGCUACGCGCGGGUGUCACGGAGCGUGCAGCUGGUGGAUCUGGUGGUUCGAAAGCACGAGUUGGUGACGUUCCGGUGUGGCAUCUAUGGCAGCCCUCCUCCGAAAAUCGCGUGGUUCCACGACGGCGGACCAAUACGCAACUCAGCCACGCGCAUGUUUCUGCCCAUCGGACAGCUGUUCCUCCUGCAAGUGCAACACAAAGCCGCAAGGAACAGGACAGUGGACUCUGCUGGUGCACGGCCACUAACGUGCUGGGCUUCCGAAACGAUAGUGUCAGGUUUGCCCGUGAAGCACGGGACCAGCAAACAAGUGCAGCGAAUGCGCUUCAUGUGUCGAAUUCGUCUCCUUCCUGCCCUCUCGUGCACACAGUGCUUCGCGGCGAGUGCUUUGCGGCCCAACAGCCUCCAUGUGGCAUCGGUGCAGCCGGGCAUGGGGCGCGGCCACCUCCUGUACCAGAGCGCGCUUCAGAUCACCGACGUGUGCCCCAUUGAGAAGGGCUGCUACGUGUGCCGCGCGGCCAACAUGCUUGGCACCAGGGACUCGCCACCCGCGCUGCUCUCCGUGCACAUGGCAAUUUGUGCAAUGGGUCUUCACGGAGUUUUUUCCUCAAAGAAAAAAAAAACAUUCUCCUCUCACGUCGCCACACAGCGGUGGCCCUCAAUCAGGACCGCUGAUCAAGAUCUUGUCACGUACGGACGCAAGCACAAGAAGUCUGUGGAAAUAGCUGCUAAGUAAAUGCCCAUGCGACUUGCCAAACUUCUACUAUUGCUGUCAAAGAAGCAGCUUAGGUCGUGGGACAAGUCUGUCAAAGCAUGAACAACGAUGUGACAUGUGCUAAAUAUGGAAUGCCAUAUGCAUUAAAUAGAAAAAUCAAGAGACGUAUCUAGCAACGAGACGACCUCUUGUGUAUCAAAGGACGCUGGUGUGCGCGUUUCCGUGUGCGUGCGUGCUUGUGUGUACGUGUGAACUCAGCAAGAAAUGAAACAAAAAACUAUACAUAUGCGUUUUUUUUUCAGAUAUGCAAGCGGGAACACGAUCGCAGACUUUUGUUUCUAUUGACUUCAAGCUUGUACAUUGGAUGACAUCGUUAGCGCAUGGCAUCACUCUUACUCAUGCUGCCAUUUCAGAAAUUUAUUACUGAACUGAGCUCUGCAUAUUGCGAUUGUUGAUAGGGUGCUGCGGAACACUAUUCCUACGCAGCGUAGCUCUUGCCGAUACCUUCAUCGGUCACCGAUUCGUGUACAGACAACUGCAUGCUUUUGUGUGGGCAGUGUACGCGAAGGUUUUCUUUUUAAUUAUGGUUGUAGAGAUUACUUAGUUUUACUUAA